AUGGAGAUAAGGAAAACUCAAGUGGCCAUGCCAGUUUUGUUGGCGAUAAUGACUCUUAUGGCGAGUCAAGUGGUCUUCGCCGGUAAAUUCCCUGACUCAAUGGCACUCCAUGACCGGCAAAUGGCGGAAAUGCAAGCCCUUAAAGCUUCAUUGGUUCGCCGAAAUCUACCGGCUUUGGUAUCUCCUCCUCCUACCCCUCCUCAGGCAGUACCUGGUCCACGCGUGUAUAAAGUGAUAUCAUAUGGUGCCGAUCCCACAGGGAAAUCGGAUAGCACGGAAGCGAUAUUAAAAGCUUUGGAAGAUGCGUUUGACGGUCCAGAACAUGGACCUUUGAUCGCAGGUAUAAAUGAUCUCGGAGGAGCAAGAAUCGAUCUUGAAGGUGGUAGCUACUUAAUCAGCCGUCCUCUCCGGUUUCCCUCAGCCGGCGUCGGAAAUCUCCUCAUCAGCGGAGGAACAUUAAGGGCAUCUGAUGAUUUUCCGGUCGAUAAGUACCUAAUCGAACUCAAAGACGAGGCGUCAAAGUUACAAUACAUCUUCGAAUACAUAACUUUCAGAGAUCUUCUCAUCGACUGCAACUACCGCGGAGGAGCAAUCGCCGUCAUCAAUUCUCUCCGGACAAGCAUAGACAACUGUUACAUCACACGAUUCGGAAACACGAAUGGGAUUCUUGUCCAAAGCGGACACGAGACUUACAUUCGGAACACGUUUCUUGGUCAGCACAUAACAGCCGGCGGAGACAGAGGAGAGAGAAACUUCACCGGAACCGCCGUGAAUCUGAUGGGAAACGAUAACGCCGUCACGGACACCGUCAUCUUCUCCGCCGCGAUUGGGGUGAUGAUAUCAGGACAGGCAAACUUAUUGUCCGGUGUGCACUGCUAUAACAAAGCAACCGGUUUUGGAGGAACCGGGAUUUAUUUGAGAUUACCCGGUUUGACUCAGAACCGCAUUGUGAAUUCUUACAUGGAUUACACCGGUAUCAUCGCGGAAGACCCGGUUCAGCUACAGAUUUCCGGUACAUUUUUCUUGGGAGAUGCGUUUAUCUUGUUGAAAUCGAUGUCCGGUGUGGUUAAAGGGAUUAAUAUCGUCGACAAUAUGUUUUCCGGGUCGGGUAAUGGGGUACCGAUUGUGAAAUUGGAUGAGUCGAGAAAGGCGUUUCAUGACGUUGACCAAGUGGUGGUGGACCGGAACAGUGUGAACGGAAUGGCAAUGAAAUCGACGGUGGCUAAAGGAUCGGUCGAUGGAAACGGGACGUCUUGGACCGUUGAUUUUAACCCGGUUUUGUUGUUCCCGAAUUUAAUCAAGCACGUGCAGUACACGCUCGUAGCUGACGGGUUUCCUGUUCACGCGCUAAGGAACGUUUCGGGUAAUCGAGUUAUGGUUGAGACAAAUGCUCCUGUUACUGCAACAGUUUAUGUAACAGUCGAUCAAUGA